GGCCGGCCAGCCAGGCGGUGGCGGAGGCUCCUGCGGCGGUAACCGGUAGUGGGUCUGGAGCUCCUCUGGGCCAGUCGCGUCCGACGCUUUCGGCGUUCUGCUUCCGCGCCAGCCUACCUCGCUCCUCGGCGCCAUGACCACCACCACCACUUUCAAGGGUGUCGACCCCAACAGCAGGAAUAGCUCCCGGGUUUUGCGGCCUCCAGGUGGUGGAUCCAAUUUCUCAUUAGGCUUUGAUGAACCAACAGAACAGCCUGUGAGGAAGAAUAAAAUGGCCUCCAGCAUCUUUGGGACACCUGAAGAAAAUCCCCCUUCUUGGGCCAAGUCGGCAGGUGCCAAGUCUAGUGGUGGCAGGGAAGAUCUGGAGUCAUCUGGACCACAGAGGAGGAACUCAACUGAAGCAAGCUCUGGAGACUUCUUAGAUCUGAAGGGUGAAGGUGACAUUCAUGAAAACAUGGACACAGACCUGCAAGGCAGCCUGGGGCAGAGUGAAGAGAAGCCCGUGCCCGCGGCGCCUGUGCCCAGCCCCGUGGCCGCGGCCCCUGCACCGUCCAGAAGAAACCCUCCUGGUGGCAAGUCCAGCCUGGUCUUGGGUUAACUGACUGUCCUGAACUCUGUCAUUUUGUUUGUUUGUUUUCUUCAUGCUUGUGAACUGCACAACUUGAGCCUGACUCUAUAUCUUUUGAAUUUGUUUCAUUAAAAAGAAGCACUUUAUGUACUGCUGUCUUUUUUUGUUUGUUCGUUUUCUUCCUCCUUUUUCUUUUUGAAGAACAGGAUUCUCUUUCUUUGUCUGACUCCUGGGUCUGUGGGCCAUGGCAUGAGUGUUUUCUAGUAGUAGAUUGAAGGGAAAGCUUUGUGACACUUAGUACCGUGUUUUUAAGAACAAAUCAUUUGGUUCCUGAUGUGGUAGAGGCUCUUUUGUAUGAGGUUUUUGAUGCACUGUUCUUGGGUUUACCAUGGUUGGACAGACCUUCUGCAGUCCACAGGCACCACCCCGGCAGCCCCACCACACACGUGGUCUGUAUGCAGAGCUUCUCUGUGGCGCUGCCCUACUCUCUCAGUGCCCUUAGCUAAAGCAUCUUCCUGUGCCAUAUGGAAGAGGCCUGAGCCUCAGAACCCGCUGCCUGAAAGCAAAGAAGCUGCCUUUUUUUAACCUUCAGAAGUGAGCCAGGUACUAACAUGGCUGGCUGGCCGAUGAGCAAGAGGACGGCUUCAGACGCACAGUCAAGCCACCGGGAUGAAGUGGUGACGCAAGCCAGGGAGGCGAGCACACAGGUGGCCCCAUGCAGGAGCGGGUCCCACAGGGGCACUGUUCUUACUAAGUAACUUGACGCUGUGUGCAUGAUGCUGGUGCUUGACCAUGAAAUGAAAGUCUCAUCUUUAAAAUGUGUGUUGUACCUCCCGAUCCUGGACUGUUGCUUACAGUAAACAAUGCCCACAUUUUGAAA